UGCCGGCGCCUGCGGGAGCGAAGCAGAGACGAGACUCUAUAGCCGAACCGAGCAGCGCCGCGCCCCGGAGACGAGAACCCCGAUUUCUAGUGGGGAGUCCUAUCGGCCCCGCCGCCCCGUGUCCUGAGACCGGACUCUUCCCUCAGCAGGCACCAGGAACCAUGACCAUCCUCUUGGGACUCUCAGCUCCAGUCCUCACUGCCACUUGCCUCCUGAUCCUGUGCCCAGGGGCAGCUCCAACGAGUAUGGGAGGCUCCCUGCCUCUUCCUCCAAAGGGCCAGAGCCACUGGCCCUGGCUCCAUGCCCAGGCAAGCAGCCCUCUUGUCUUCCCCACCUCCCAGGAUGACUUGGAGACAGACUAUUACAGCUAUGAGGACUUCACCCAAGAUACCCCCAAGAUGCCUGGCUCUCAGUCCCCACCCGAUCAGCCUUGUGACUACCAUCGCUGCCGCCACCUACAGCCAGCCUGUGCAGAGUUGAGCAGGGAGACGGGCUGCCUGUGCCCUGGGGUGACUGGCCCAGGUGUGCCCCCAGAGCCACCCCAGCUGGGGACAGUGCACAUCACCGAGUCUGGGGCCAGCCUGCAUUGGUGUGCUCCUUCUUCCACAGUGCGGGAGUACCGAGUGAUGUACCAGGCCGAUGGAGAGCCCCCCAUUGCUGGUCCCAUCUUCAACAGCACCUUCCGGAUGGCAGCGCUUGGAGGACUGUGCCCCAGCACCUCCUACCUGGUGUGCAUCAUAGCAGCCAACCAGGCGGGUGCCAGUCCCACUGACAGUGGGAGUCAGGCCCAUGGACCAUGCCGCACUAUCCGCACCUUGGCUUCUCAGCAGCCCUACGCAUAUGUGGCUGCAGGACUGGCAGCCAUGUUGUGCCUGGUGGUGGUGGCCGCGCUGAUCUGGCACUUUGCCCUGCGUGUGAGGAGACGGCAGUUCCAUGGCUCCCGGGACAAUAUCCUGAAUGGGGAGGUGGGGCCAGCUGGGGUGGCCAAUGGCUCAUAUGGGGGUGAGGAGCAGCUGUAGGGACUCCUGAGCCCUCCAGCUCCCAAACUCAUAUACUUCUGGCCUGGAUCAGAGCCAGCCCCCAUGGACUGUGCUGUGCAGUGGGGAGCAGGGCUGGCAGAGAUGUGGAGUUAGCGGGAGGCAGUCCCUGACCCAGCCAGGGCACAGAGUCCUUCUCCACUCCAUAUGGGGUGAAGCUGCUCAAGUCCUGAUGCCCCCCUCAACAUUUAUUUAUUUUAUUUAUUUAUUUAUAUAAUGAAGCAUCAAGGGCUGUGAGGAGGCCCCACAGGGACCCAUAAGCAAAGGUCCUUGACAGCCAGUAUGAGUUAUUUGAGUAAUGGUCCCACAGGUGGGCACCCUCCAUCCCGCACCAUCUGCCUGUGCUGGCUCCAGCGGGAAGAGGGAUUGCCUGGGGCUUCCCAUGCUUGUUGUGGGGGGAGUCACCCAGUUGCUGUGGCAUGUCUGGAGGCAUGCCGGCUGCACCCUGGGACCACCUUCCCCACAUAGCCAGGCUGGUACAGUGGGGAGAACCCUGCCCUGGGAGGAGCCAUUGUGGCCGGUUGUGAACUUGUUAGUGUUAAGGAAUUAGAGAUGAAUAAAGCCCAGAAGCAA